UCUCUCUCUCUCUCUCUCUCUCUCUCUCUCUCUCUCUCUUUCUCCUCCCUAUCUCUACCCCUCUGUCCUGCCUCUCUUCCCUUCCUAGGAGUUUCCACAUAGUGAGCUGAAGGGGAGACAGCUCUUAGACCAUCACUGUCCCCUAGAGGGAAGACUAGCUGUCGUCAUGGCGUCAGCUAAUGGGGAUCUGAAUAAAGAUGAAGAUGUGUGUUGUUGUGUUGUGCCAGUGGAUCUCCCUCCAGAGAAGGCUGCUGAGGGCUGUGACAGUUACCUGCAGUCCCCCCACACAGACCCAGGGCCAGACAGGCAGCUACUGAGAGGAGGGGACGCAGGCAAAGCCUCUGGGAAGAAACGCAUCAGCCUGGAUGACCUAGAGUGUGACGUAUCAGUGGAGGAGGAUAAUCGUCAGGAAUGGAUCUUCACCCUCUAUGAUUUUGACAACAGUGGCAAAGUUACUAAAGAGGACAUGUCCAGUCUGAUGCACACCAUCUAUGAUGUGGUGGAUGCCUCGGUCAAUCACUCGUCCUGCCACAGUAAGAGGAAGACCCUACGGGUCAAGCUGACCGUCGCACCAGAGCCCAGUGCUCGCAGGAGAGACCACAUCUCCACUGGACCAGACCGGGAGUCAGGACGCCUUCACCAGGAGGAGGGACGAUCAGCAGACAGACGGCUUUCUUCUCACAUCAGGCCAGCCCUCCCAGGUCAGAGCAGUGAGGGACAGCAUUACUGUGUGGAUGAGAACACUGAGAGGAGGAAUCACUAUCUGGACCUAGCUGGUAUAGAGAACUACACCUCCAGGUUUGAAGGAUCCACCCCUCCCCCGCCCCCCCAGGAGACCCAUGUGCGGGCCUCCCAGUCCCAGAACCGCUCCCGUUCCCAGGAGCCCGAGGCCCACGCCGCCCACGCCCACCAGCGCCGCUCGCAGGUCAUCAGUGAGAACUACACCCCUCUAGAAGCCCGGGGUCGGGGAGCGUCACACUUCCUGAAGUCCCCCAGAGGAACAUCUAAAGGAUCCGGCGUCGGAGGGACCAAUGGGGGACUUGAAAGGGCCAAGUCCAGUAAAUACCACGUUGGGGGACAUUACCCUCCUCAGCCUCCUCCUCUCCAGACCCUGCUGCAUACAGGGAACUCCUCAUCUGGGGGUCACGGAGGUCAGGAUGUGUACCACCUCCCCUCCUCCAGCCACCACCAGCACCCUCUGCAGCACAGCCACAGCAAACGGCUCCGGGCCAAAGCCAGGGAGGGUCAGGGCCUGUCCCCGUCCAAAACGCCCCUGUCACCUCACUCCAAUCCCCAGCAUCAGCAUCAGGCUCCCCCUCCUCCUUGUCUGGAGAGGGAGAAGGAGAGGGAGCAGGGGUCUGGGCUGCCCGGCAGCCCUGGGUCCUUUGUGUUGCCUCUGGUGCAGCGUCACGAGCACCGACACCACCACGAACACCACCAUCACCACCACUACCACCACCACCACCAGACAUGACCCAAUAGGACGCCAGUAACAGUCAGAGACUGAGAGACCUUUAAAGGACCGACUGAUCACACCCGUCUGUCUGAAGAAGGACUCAACCUCCUCACCCAAUGGGAAUGUCUCCCCUUCUGUCCUGAGGCUGCCCAAUCUGAGAUGGCACCCUAUUCCCUAUAUAGUGCACCACUUUUGACCAGAGCCCUAUUGGUUAGCCCUAACUCUAACCCUGUAGACGUUUGCCAAAUGUAGUGCACUAUAUAACAAGGUGCCAUUCAGACAGCCCAGGAUCUGAACCCUCCUCCAUUUAGUGCCAGGCAGGCUGCCAGAGCCAGACAGUUUCCCUGAGAUAUCCUGGGAUCAGACUCACUGAUGGAAACUGGAGUGUGUCUGACUGCUGUGGUUAUUCCAUUGUAAAGGGUUGCAGUUUUGUAAGACGUUUUCUAUGGCACAGUUCUGAAUCUGAAUGAAAUGAGGUUAAACAUCCUGCUGGACCAAGCUACUCCUCUCUACGCCUGGACCUUCACAAAGGGAGAACAGAUACAGUACAGCUCUAUGUGGACAGAGGUCAGAGGUCAUCAAAAGUGACAUCAUUUCCUCCUUGGUGUUGACCCAUAGAUUUUCUUGUCCCCAGAAGCUAGGUACUGUCUCCUUCGUCCCAAAUGGCACACUAUUUGUUUUAUAGUAUACAACCUUUGACCAGGGCUCAUAGGACUCUAGUCUAAAGUAGUGCACUAUUUAGGGAAUAGCGUGACAUUUGGGACACUGCCUCUCCGUGUGUCUUGUGUGUAUGAGAGCUUUCCUCCCAACGGUGUAUCUCAGGUGUUAGGUGCUGCUCCUUCGCUGUUCUCUCUACUACUUCCUCAUUGGAACCGGAACCCUGCUGUUGGGGUUCCAGAACCAGAGGAACAAUAUCAAAUCACCACUGGCAGUUUUAAUGCAAGAAAUAUCUAGCUAUGUAAGCAUUGACAUCUAUAUAUGUAUACACAUUUUACUGUAAUAAAACUGUAUUUAUAUGCAUGUUAUUUCAUCAUGAAUUAUAAUGAUGCAUAUAUGUCUUUUGUCCUAGAUGUAUUUGAA